AAGAAACAUUUGCAUUGUCCAGUUUCAUCAAUUCAUAUAGUCUUCUAGUACAUACUUAGAAUACAAGCCUCUUCUCUCAUUUUCAAAGCCAAAUAUGUCAACUACUAUUGAUAUGCCUGGGUCAAGCAAAGCUGCUAAAGCUGGAAAACCUGUUUUAGUUACAACACCGUCAAGGCCAGGAGGAUGGAAGAAAGGGGUAGCCAUAAUGGACUUCAUACUGAGGUUAGGUGCCAUAGCUGCUGCUCUGGGUGCCGCCGCCACCAUGGGAUUAAGUGAUCAAACUCUCCCUUUCUUCACUCAGUUCUUUCAGUUUGAAGCUAGCUACGAUAGCUUUACUACCUUUCAGUUUUUUGUUAUUACAAUGGCAUUGGUGGCUGGAUACCUGGUCCUAUCCCUUCCUUUGUCUAUAGUAGCUAUUGUGCGCCCUCAUGCAGCUGGACCAAGGCUUUUCCUCAUCAUCCUAGACACUGUGUUUCUUACUCUAGCCACUGCUAGUGGUGCUUCAGCUGCUUCAAUAGUUUACUUAGCACACAACGGCAAUCAGGACACCAACUGGAUAGCCAUCUGCAACCAAUUUGGUGACUUCUGCGCGCAGACCAGUGGAGCUGUCGUCUCAUCGCUCGUUGCUGUCCUUGUCUUUGUAUUGUUGAUUGUCAUGUCUGCUCUCGUUCUUGGGAAGAAGCAUUGAAAAUUCAGAUGCAGGGGCUUGGCUAAUUAUGUGUGUUAUUAUUGUGAAUGUAACUUAAUCUGUUUCCUAAAUCUCCUAUGGUUGUGAAGGUUUCCUUGAACAUGAUGUGCCUAUUUGAAAUUAAUGCAAUGUUUCAUUUGGUCAGAUCAUGGAAUUUGCCUAUUUUUAUAACAUAUUUUAUGUAAUUUUGAAGUGCCCUUCUAAUUUUUUCUUUCCAGUUCUUUUC